AUGCAGAACACUGUUGCAGAGGUGGGGAUCGAGUUCAACCCAAAUUCCACAAGUGCAGAAAUCCCACCGGCUGCCGAUGUUGCACAAACCUUAGUAGAUGCAGUGAAUAAUCCCAACAGUACGCUCAACAUCACUAUUCAAGCCAACACUGUCCGAGUAGUUGAAACACCUGCACUCAACACUACUGCAGCUACAACCACUCCAAAUGCAACAACCACCACUGCACCAACUACAAGAGCUACUACAACUGAAGCGCCACCCCCAGUUGUGGCUAUUCAAGCAACCUUGGUAGAAGUGUUUGUCCCAGAACUCAGUGACAGGAACAGCCAACAAUUUAGGGCCCUUGAGACAAGAGUUGUAACAGUGUGUGACAUCAUCUACUUUGUUCGAUAUGGUGCAAUUUUCCGCCGCACAUUCAUCAUAGCAUUUAGGUCAACACAAAUGCAGAACACUGUUGCAGAGGUGGGGAUCGAGUUCAACCCAAACUCCACAAGUGCAGAAAUCCCACCGGCUGCCGAUGUUGCACAAACCUUAGUAGAUGCAGUGAAUAAUCCCAACAGUACGCUCAACAUCACUAUUCAAGCCAACACUGUCCGAAAACACCUGCACUCAACACUACUGCAGCUACAAACCACUCCAAAUGCAACAACCACCACUGCACCAACUACAAGAGCUACUACAACUGAAGCGCCACCCCCAGUUGUGGCUAUUCAAGCAACCUUGGUAGAAGUGUUUGUCCCAGAACUCAGUGACAGGAACAGCCAACAAUUUAGGGCCCUUGAGACAAGAGUUGUAACAGUGUGUGACAUCAUCUACUUUGUUCGAUAUGGUGCAAUUUUCCGCCGCACAUUCAUCAUAGCAUUUAGGUCAACACAAAUGCAGAACACUGUUGCAGAGGUGGGGAUCGAGUUCAACCCAAACUCCACAAGUGCAGAAAUCCCACCGGCUGCCGAUGUUGCACAAACCUUAGUAGAUGCAGUGAAUAAUCCCAACAGUACGCUCAACAUCACUAUUCAAGCCAACACUGUCCGAGUAGUUGAAACACCUGCACUCAACACUACUGCAGCUACAACCACUCCAAAUGCAACAACCACCACUGCACCAACUACAAGAGCUACUACAACUGAAGCACCACCCCCAGUUGUGGCUAUUCAAGCAACCUUGGUAGAAGUGUUUGUCCCAGAACUCAGUGACAGGAACAGCCAACAAUUUAGGGCCCUUGAGACAAGAGUUGUAACAGUGUGUGACAUCAUCUACUUUGUUCGAUAUGGUGCAAUUUUCCGCCGCACAUUCAUCAUAGCAUUUAGGUCAACACAAAUGCAGAACACUGUUGCAGAGGUGGGGAUCGAGUUCAACCCAAAUUCCACAAGUGCAGAAAUCCCACCGGCUGCCGAUGUUGCACAAACCUUAGUAGAUGCAGUGAAUAAUCCCAACAGUACGCUCAACAUCACUAUUCAAGCCAACACUGUCCGAGUAGUUGAAACACCUGCACUCAACACUACUGCAGCUACAACCACUCCAAAUGCAACAACCACCACUGCACCAACUACAAGAGCUACUACAACUGAAGCGCCACCCCCAGUUGUGGCUAUUCAAGCAACCUUGGUAGAAGUGUUUGUCCCAGAACUCAGUGACAGGAACAGCCAACAAUUUAGGGCCCUUGAGACAAGAGUUGUAACAGUGUGUGACAUCAUCUACUUUGUUCGAUAUGGUGCAAUUUUCCGCCGCACAUUCAUCAUAGCAUUUAGGUCAACACAAAUGCAGAACACUGUUGCAGAGGUGGGGAUCGAGUUCAACCCAAACUCCACAAGUGCAGAAAUCCCACCGGCUGCCGAUGUUGCACAAACCUUAGUAGAUGCAGUGAAUAAUCCCAACAGUACGCUCAACAUCACUAUUCAAGCCAACACUGUCCGAGUAGUUACUCCCACUACAACAACUGCAGCAACUACAACAACAACUCCUGCCGCAACUACAACAACAACCCCUGCUCCAACUACAUCAACAACUCAUGCACCAACUGGAACAACUGCAGCAACUACAACAACAAUUCCUUCAGCAACUACAACAUCAGCAGUAACUACAACUCCUGCACCAACGACAACAACAAUUCCUGCACCAACUAUAUCAACUGCAGCAAGUACAAUAACUCCUGCAUCAACUACAACAACUGCAGCAACUCCAACAACUGUAGCAACUACAACUCCUGCACAAAGUACAACAACUCCAGCAACAUCAACAACUGCAGCAACUACAACAACAACUCCUGCACAAAGUACAACAGCAACUCCUGCAGUAACUACAACAACUCCUGAACCAACUAAAACUCCUGCCUCAACUACAACAACUCCUGUUCCAACUACAAUAACAACUCCUGCACCAAUUUCAACAACUGAAGCAACUACAACGACUCCUGCACCAAGUACAACUGCAGCAAUUACAACACCGACUCCUGCAGCAACUACAACAACAACUGCACCGACUACAACAACUACAACAACUACUACAACGGAAGCGCCACCCCCAGUUGUGGCUAUUCAAGCAACCUUGGUAGAACCAUUUGUCCCAGAACUCAAUGACAGGAACAGCCAACAAUUUAGGGCCCUUGAGAUUAGAGUUAUAACUCUGUGUGACAUCAUCUACUUGGCUCGAUAUGGUGCAAUUUUCCGCCGCACAUUCAUCAUAGCGUUUAGACCAGCUUUCACGCAAACACGAAUGGAGAACACUGAUGCAGAGGUGGGGAUCGAGUUCAACAGAAAUUCCACAAGUGCAGAAAUCCCACCGCCUGCCGAUGUUGCACAAACCUUAGUAGAGGCAGUGAAUAAUCCCAACAGUACGCUCAACGUCACUAUUCAAGCCAACACUGUCCAAGUAGUUGUAACAACUGCAGCUCCAACUACUUUAGCUAAUACAACUACUGCAAAUGCAACUACCAAUGCCACAACAACUGCAGUCCCCACAACAUCCACCACAACUGUUGAGGCAGUUACAACAAGGCGGUUGACUUUCAGAUCAGCUGGAGAGACCUUUACAAAUGAUUUGCUGAAUCCCUCAUCUCAAGUAUUUAUCAAUCGGGUUAAUCUGCUCAAGUCAAAUCUGGAACCUUUCUACCAAAGAGCAUUUUUUUCAUUCCGCUUCUUGACUGUGAUUUCAUUCAGUAACGGAUCAAUCAUCAACAACAUGGACCUCACGUUUAGAUCCACAUCUGUACCUAACAACACUCAGAUUGCCACAGUUUUGAUCGAUGCAUCGUCCAACAUCACAGCCUUUAACAUUGACACCAACUCUAUUUCUGUGGAUGGUGCAGGAUCUACAGUAACAACCACCACUGCACCAACUACUACAACUAUUGCAAAUGGAACCACCAACGCAACAACCACCACUGCACCAACUACGAUAACAACCACCACUGCACCAACUACUACAACUAUUGCAAAUGGAACCAUCAAUGCAACAACCACCACUGCAUCAACUACUACAACUGUUGCAAAUGGAACCACCAACGCAACAACCACCACUGCACCAACAACUACAAUUAUUGCAAAUGGAACCACCAACGUAACAACCACCACUGCAACAACUACUACAACAACGACCACUGCACCAACUACAACAGCUACUACAACUCAAGCACCACCAGUUGUGACUAUUCAAGCAACCUUGGUAGAAGUGUUUGUCCCAGAACUCAGUGACAAGAACAGCCAACAAUUUAGGGCCCUUGAGACAAGAGUUGUAACAGUGUGUGACAUCAUCUACUUUGCUCGAUAUGGUGCAAUUUUCCGCCGCACAUUCAUCAUAGCAUUUAGACGAGCUUUGGCCCUAACACGAAUGGAGAACACUGUUGCAGAGGUGGGAAUCGAGUUCAACAGAAAUUCCACAACUGCAGAAAUCCCGCCAGCUUCUGAUGUUGUACAAACCUUAGUAGAUGCAGUGAAUAAUCCCAACAUUACGCUCAACAUCAGUAUUCAAGCCAACACUAUCCAAGUAGUUGAUACAAAUGCAACUACCAAUGCCACAACAACUGCAGCUCCCAUGCAGCCACAGUCCUCUACAACCCCAGUUACAAGUAUUGUCACUACAUCGACAACCUCUACCACAACUGUUGAGGCAGUUACAACAAGGCGGUUGACUUUCAGAUCAGCCGGAGAGACCUUUAUAAAUGAUUUGCUGAAUCCCUCAUCUCAAGCAUUUAUCAAUCGGGCUAAUCUGCUCAAGUCAAAUCUGGAACCUUUCUACCAAAGAGCAUUUUCUUCAUUCCGCUUCUUGACUGUGAUUUCAUUCAGUAACGGAUCAAUCAUCAACAACAUGGACCUCACGUUUAGAUCCACAUCUGUACCUAACAACACUCAGAUUGCCACAGUUUUGAUCGAUGCAUCUUCCAACAUCACAGCCUUUAACAUUGACACCAACUCUAUUUUUGUGGAUGGUGCAGCGUCAAGUGGAGUGAGCCACAAGACCAGUCUCAUCACCGCAUCCUGUCUGGUGCUGCUGUCAUGGCUACUGUCAUGUCAGCAAUAGUCUCUGCUGAAGUCCAUGGAAUCCCAUUAGAAAAUGUCUGCACUAACUGGUAUGAGGAGGGACAUCGUUCAUCUUCAAAAUCCAAGAAGAGCUUCUGAUGAAUAGCAAAUAUAAUAUGGCUUAGAAGAAGCAUCUAGAUAUUCAAUUCAAAUUUAGUGCACACACACGUUGCUACACCUUUGAUCUCCCUAAAAUAGCAUAAAUGAAGGAAACAACUGCAAAGUUUUCACUGACAACAAAUACAAAAUUGACUUUGUAGUUAGAACAAUUACAAUGUGUGUAAUAUUCAAACUGAACAGGAAGUAAGUGAAUAAAUGUUUAAGUUUCAGCGAAGGAAAUUAUUCAGCCUGUAUUAUGAUCUGCCUCUUGAAACCUGAGAUAAGUCUCAUUGAAUACUACGGAGUUCAUAAAAUAUAUGAACAAUGUCUUCAAUGAUUAUCUGGUCAACUUUCAUAUUCAAUUUUUUUCCAUUAUAUGUGGAUUCUGUGAUCUCAUUAUCUUAUCUUAUACUCGUAUAAUUACAAUUAUUUAUAAUCGUUACAAAAACAUAUAAGGUGAUCCUACCCCAAAGUGGGGAAAGUUGUAAAUGGUGUCUUCAAGUUGAUCAGGAUGCAAAAUUAUUUAAAAAAAAAAAAAAUCUAUCUAUAUUAAUAUCUUGUAAGUUUGUUUUUUGUUUGUUUUUUGUUAUCUCAAGUAUAUUCAGAAAAUGUAACACAAAGUACUACAGAUGCUUCAAUUAAAGGCGCAAACAUUUAAAA